AUGGGCUGUGCAAUAUCAGGUCUGACACCGAAACCAGGUGGAGAGGGGGGCGCGGAGGCUGCCGCCUCCCAUCCCAGCGAGCAUCAGAUCCAGAUGAUCAAAAAGUCGUGGAAAGUUAUCCGGGAUGAUAUUGCCAAAGUUGGGAUCAUUAUGUUCGUCAGGUUGUUUGAGACCCAUCCAGAAUGCAAAGACGUCUUCUUCCUGUUCCGAGACGUGGAGGAUCUGGAGAGGUUGCGGACCAGCCGGGAGCUGAGGGCACACGGCUUACGUGUGAUGUCCUUCAUUGAAAAGAGCGUGGCCCGACUGGACCAGCUGGAGCAACUGGAAGCCCUGGCUAUAGAGCUGGGGAAAAGCCACUAUCGCUACAAUGCCCCACCUAAAUACUACAGUUAUGUAGGAGCUGAAUUCAUUUGUGCUGUUCAGCCUAUUCUGAAAGAAAAAUGGACGCCUGAGCUGGAGGAGGCAUGGAAGGCCAUGUUCCUGUAUGUGACCACCCUAAUGAAGCAGGGAUACCAGGGAGAAGAGCGGAACUGCCACCACCAUGUAAUGGUCACCCCAAAGGAGAGACCAGAUAAGAAGCAAACUGCCCUAUGAAACCCCCGGCCAA